UUUUGACAGUUUAUUUGAAGAUCCAUGGCAUUCCAGUUCCAAGUAGUUCCAGCAGUACCUAGAAAAACAGACCCCCUAAUAAAAUGUUUCAUAGACAACAGGGCAGAGAGACUUCCAAAAUUAUUAAAAGGCAGAGAUAUUAAUGGUUUGUACUCUUCUGAAGAUUGGAAUGAUGAUGUUACACCAUUAACAGCAGCAGUUAUAUGCAGAAAUGAAGAAAUCUGCUCAUAUCUGCUUAAAGAGUCGGCUGAUCCUAACAAACCCUCAACAAAUGGACAAACACCUCUACAUUAUGCUGCUUUUUCUGGAGUUCCAUUGAGUAUUGUGAAAAGAUUACUUGCAGCAAAAGCUAACCCAAAUGGACAUGGAGUACACAUGUUUACUCCAUUGCAGUGUGCUGUUGAUCAUGACCGUGAAGACAUUGUGAAAGCACUUAUAAAAGCUGGAGCUUCACCCGGAAGGAACUAUGGGGUUAAUCUAGAACUUGAUGAAAAGGUGGAGAGAAUGAUUUGUCAUCUAUAUUCACAGGGUGAAGUGUCUGAGAAAGUACGUAUAUCUUUCUCUUUUCCUUGUGCUGUACGAACGAAAAAACAGACUGAAGUUUACAGAGUCUAUAAGGAACAUUUCUUUCAAGAGGAUCCUUUUGUUCCUUUGAUUUAUUUUGAGCAAUAUUAUGGUGUAGUUGGUCUUGGCGUAGAGCAAUAUCAUCAGAGCGCCAUCAAGUGGUUAAAAGACACAAACAAUGCAGAAAGAUACAUUGAGGGACUCAUGAAGCGCUUCCCAAGAAUCCCUCAGGAACACUGUCCGAUUGCACUGAACUGCUUAAAUGUUGCUUUGUGUGUCAGUGAAAGCAUCUCUCCUCAGGUAUUCAGUGAACUUGUGCCAGUUCUAACAAACAGUCUUCAGCGCUUUGGAAAUGCACAAGGAGAAAUAGUCAAUCAUCUGAUACUAAAGAUACUCAAUGUCAUGAUGCAGAAGACGUCUGAGCAGAAGCUAAGUACAAACAAUUCUGUCUAUGAGAAGUUAUGCAAAAGUCUAUUGCCUCUCACACAUCCUGAUUAUUCAAGUCUAAUUGGAGUGUGGACAUAUGGACUGUUCGCCAAUAUAAAUGUCUUUGCUCCUGAACUUGUUGCAUUGUGUGGAUUGUCUCCCAUUCCAGAGAUGAUACUUAUAAAAGCAGAGACAGAGAUGGAUGAAGUCAUGAAAAAAAAGCUGCAAAAGUUUGAUGAAUCACUAAGACAUCCAGCAGGUGCAAGUGCAGUGGAUAGUUUAUGUGAGGAGACUGCUGCUCUAUCAACAUGCAAGAAGAAGAAGAAGAAGAAGAAGAAAAAGAAGAAAAAAAUCCAGCAAGAAGUGGGAUCACAAGAAGGUGAAUUGCAAGAUAAAGAGGAUCCGUCAUUUCCAGACACUGUAGUUAAAUCCAUCGAGGAAUCAAACUCAAGUGUGCAGCCGUUCACACCGCCUGCUGAGAACUCAAGAAGGUGGCAUCAAACCAGUCAUCGCUGGAGGCCCAAGCUUGAGAAGCUAGCUAAAAUGGAUGAUAACAAGACAUAUAAGCCAGGAAGUCUUACUCUUGUACUCAACCCUGAAUUUCUGAUUGCUAGGGGAAGUGAUGGAACACAAGUUUUUCUUGGUUUGAGGGAUGACGGCACAGAAGUGGCUGUAAAACGAAUGGAUAAGUUUAAUUACCAAGACCUCAAAAAUGAGGAGGAAUUUCUACGACAUCCAGACCUUGAUAGUCCCUCCAUUGUGCGAUAUGUGGACUUUACAGAAGAUGAACAUUUUGGAUACCUUGUUCUUCAGCUUUGUGAGUACACACUGGAGGAAUAUAUCCAAGAGCAUUUACCAGAUGAUAACACUGAGAGAAGUUUGGUUCUGAAGAAGCUGGUGAAUGAAGUUCUCUGCAGCUUACAAGUUUUACACCAACCGAAAACCAAAGUGCUUCAUCGGGACAUCAAACCCCAGAAUGUUCUGAUUGACAUAAAUGGAAAAGCUAGAUUGGCUGAUUUUGGCAUAAGUCGCCGACUAAAACAGGGUGAAACCACCAUACGAACAAGAAUUGCUGGAACCAGAUGCUGGAAGGCAAAAGAGACAAUAAAGGAGAAGGUCAACACUGGGUACAAGAGGAGCUCCGACAUUCAGGUUGCUGGGAUGUUAGUGUACUACAUUCUCUCUGGAGGACACCAUCCAUUUGGUGAAGAUGUUGAUUGUGAGUCCAACAUUUUAAGAGGAAGAUACUCACUGGAACAUCUGGAUGAUGAAGUAGCGAAGGAUCUCGUCGAGUGGAUGAUCAAUGAAAAUCCAGAGGAGAGACCAACCGUGGAGCAAACCCUUGCACACCCCCUCUUCUGGACUGAUAAGAGGAGAGUGCGGUAUCUGAAUAUAUUGGGAAAUGAGAAAGAGGCUGAAAACUGUCGUAAUGCAGAUACGGAGCUCCUUAAUGCCAUUGCAAAAUACACAGAGGGGAAAAGCUUUUCUGAAUGGAAAUCUAAAUUGCCAUCUGAGAUUGUCCAGAAACUGGAUGGUAAGAAGAAAGCCUAUCCUGAGAACACACUGGGCCUGCUGCGUUUUAUACGCAACCUACAUGAGCAUCAGAAAGCAGAUGCUGGGAAAAUCAACCUGAUGACUAUAUUCCCUGAUCUUUUUGGGAGUGUGUACCUGUUUGCUAAGGAGAGAGGAUGGAACGCCAGAGAAAGUGUCAGCAUGGACAUCAACUCAGCAUCAUGAUUGUAACCUAAAUCUGAGAUAAAAUGUAAUUUUGCAGUCAACAAUGAUUUCUACAUAGUGACUGAUCACAAAAAAAGGAAAAUGACAAUGAGUA